UUCCCCUUUGACGACGUCGUUUCGAGCCAACUACAGUAAAUAGAAGGGGCCCUAUUUCCAGAAUUGAACCUUAACGCUAAUAAUAAACACCCCAAAUGCUUCAAAGCGUUGUCGCUGCCAAUGAUUCAAUGAAGAGCAAUGAAGAAGCCCAAGCAGCGAAGAAAACGAGAGAGUUGCCCAAUCUCUCAGAGUGCCAUUCGUGCCACCUGAGAGUCGACAUUGCCAACGACAAUGCCAAGAGCAAACUUAACGUCCUGUAUAGCGAGUGGCGCGUCGUCCUUCUCUGCAAGAAAUGCUUCUCUCGCGUCGAGUCCUCGGAGCUCUGCUCCUAUUGCUUCUCCACUUCGUUGUCCCAAGAAUCUUUCUCUUGCCGCCAGUGUAACCGGAGAGUCCACAGGCAUUGCGAUUCCGAGUACCAAAGCGUUGUGGUCUUGUCCGAUUCUUCUUCGGCCACGGAGUUUUCGGUCUGCGCCGAUUGCCGGAUUCCGGAGUCGCUGGUCAAGUGGAGAGGGGUUGUGAGCAAUAGGAAGGGUCGGAGGACUGGAAAGAGAAGAGUUGGUUUGGGAUUGGGUAAAUCUAGGGUUUCGGCCAUGGUGGAUGACGGGGAAAUUGAUGAUGCCUUUGGUGGCGAAGAGGGCUCAAACAGUAGGAGGGAUGAGGAUGCUGCUGUUGAUGAUGAUGGGCCCUCGAAGGAAGGAGAAAUGAGCUGCUCCAAUGGUGUUGACUUGGAGUCUCCGACUUUCUGUAAACAAGAGGAAUGUAUCUGUAUUUCCACGCCAAAGGAGCAAAGCUGCAAUGCAAGGGUUGAUCCCUUUUAUUUCAAGUAUAGGAAAAGGAGCACUCUUGAUUGCUAUGUGUUGACAUACAAGAAGAGAAGGCCCAAAAACUUCAACCCAAGAGCGCUUGACAUUGAAGAAGAGAGUGAAGAUGAUGAUGGGCCGUUGAAGGAAGGAGAAGUGAGCUGCUCCAAUGGUGUUGACUUGGAGUCUCCAACUUUCUGUAAACAAGAGCAAGAGGAAUGUAUCUGUAUUACCACGCCAAAGGAGCAAAGGUGCAAUGCAAAGCUUGAUCCUUUUUUUUUAAAGUAUAGGAAAAGGAGCACUCUUGAUCGCAAUGUGUUAACAUACAAGAAGAGAAGGCCCAAAAACCUCAACGCUUCUUCUAUGUUAACAUAUAAGAGAAGGAAACCCAAAAGCCUCUAUGCUUGUUAUACAUUUACGUAUAAGAGGAGGAGACCCAGAAUUCUGUAUGCUCGUUCAACUGGUUCAUCUUGAGACCUAUACUGAAUCUUGAUAGCUACAGCAUUUGGUUGGCAAUGGCAUUAUGCAGAAUCGAGAUGGUGGGUAUGAAUGAUCAUCAGAUCAGCUGUUUGGUUGAGUGGGAAAUAUGGAUCAUCAUCACAUUCACACACCAGCUGCAACCUUGGACGACGAUGAUGAUGUUGAGGAAACAGCAACACUCAGCCACACUCAAAAUUCGGCGGCCAGCAGCUGCAGCGGCAGGCUUUCUCAUCUUCCGACAGGAGGAGAAGAUGAAGAAGAUCCAACGACUCUGAUCAGGGUGAGGGCCCAACAACAUCCUCCUGUCACCUACUUGAUGGGACCCAACUCGUUGCUCCAACAUGUCUUGCGAAACUACGAUACACGUAACUCUCUUCUCUAUGAAUCAAAGCGUUUCCUUUACAAUGGGAAUAGGGUUCGCCAAAACCACACUCCGGCUGAUUUGGGAAUGGAGGACGGUGAUGCCAUUGAUGCAAUGUCCCACAUGUUGGGUGGUGGGGCUGCUGUUACUUAAUUAAACCCAUAUCUUUGUGUAACGUACUAUUUAGUAUUUAGUAUUUACUUUGUGUUGCUUUGCUCGCUAAUUUGAUUUGAUUUUUUUUAAUCGGCAGCUAAUUUGAUUUGAUGUCUCUGAAUUUUGUAGAGUUCGUAGAAAAAAGAAAAAUAGAAAGUGGAUAGCUGGGUUUUCAUCUUCUUUUUUUUCUUUUUGUCUUUUUUACGCAAGAGGGGAUUCUUGGAGUGUAGAGCAUUUGUCUUUUUUUUAGGUAAAAAAAUAAAAAUAAAAUAAAGCUAGCUUCUUCGAAAUCUGAGAUAUUAAAUUAGGAAUUUCUUAAACACGUAACAGGAUCAUGUGCUCUUUGCCAUUGUAUCUCUCCCCUUAAUUUAAAGAUGAAACACAUUCACCCAAAAUAUAUGGGAAGCUGCUUUUUAGCAGAUGCUGGUUAUGCUAGUUGAUAACAGCAGAGAGUCUGUCCUUUACAUUCGAGUUGGAAUCUUCUGUAUCUAGCUUCUAUUAAGAAAAUAUAGAUGUGCUUCCAAUUAAUUGACUAAAAGACAAAAAGUUUGAUCUCCCUUUCCGUCUCCCUCUUCUCUCUCAUGUCAUGACGACUAAAAUGGAACUCUGAGCAAUAUUUAAAUAAGUUGUACCAUCAAGCUCACGCCAAAAUGUACUAUCAAUCACAUGACUAAAGACCUCUCUCUCAUUUGGGCACUCACAGACUUGACUCAUCAUCUCUGCAAAAAAGAAUAGUGAUUGAUCACUGUGGGAAUGGAUGAUCACGUACCAACAAUCACCCAUGAAUUGCUCAUCAGGCUCUCUCUUCCGAAAGAAGAAGAUGAUGAUGCGAUUCUUCUCAAGAUUCAGUCUCAACAGCAUCCUGACAUCUCCUACAUGACCUGCCCAAGUCUGCCUCUUGGACAUGUACUUUGAGAUUACUGUAGACGUUCUUACCUACACUAUGAAGCAGUACGUUUCCUUUAUGAUGGAAAAUGGGUCAGAGAGAAGGAUACCCCGGAACAGCACGAGAUGGAGAAUGAGGAUGUUAUUGAUGCAAUGUUGGAUCAGAUUGCCGGCGGUGGCCAUGUUCUUUGAUCUAUUUUAUUUAGCUGCUGCUAUGAACUAAGUCAUUAUGGAGCCUCCCCUUGUAAUUUUCUUCUCAAUGAUCAUUGGCUGCCUUGACUGGAAAGCAGUCAUUAGUAUGUUCAAUUAUCGAAUUGCUAGAAUAUCAUCAUCAGUUUGGGUCCUGA